CCACUCCGUCGCUAAGUAAUCAGAAGCCGUCGCACGCGCAGCGCAGACCCGCGUUUUGUUUUGUCAUAGAUUGCCAAAAAGCAGUUGCGCCCAUCGCCUCGUACCUACGUCCGUGUAAAAUUUCGUUUUUAAUUUAUUUUUUAUUGUGCCAUACCUAUUUAAAAAUAGAAUAAAAUGUGUGCCAGCCAGUUGUUACGGACGUUUGCGGUCUUUAUCAGUGCAAUACAGAUUUCACAGUCUGCUUACUUAAGAUGUUACAAAGGUUCCCUCGUCAACUACGUGUCAACGCCUCUAGACCAGCCGUUACUCCUGGCAAACUCCACAUGCAUAGACAAAUCUUUGCCCACUGUCAUUUACACCUUCGGCUACAGAGGCCGCGUGCUUGGGCCAGCCACCAGGGCGAUCAUGGGCGCAUAUCUGGCUAAGAGAAAACGCAACGUGGUGCUUCUAGACUGGGAAGACGAGGCUAAAAGUGGCGUGUUUGGAAUACCACUGGGUUAUAUACUGUCGGCCGCUCCGAAGUCCAAGAAGAUCGGAGACAAUUUAGGCGAAGCCCUAGUGACGCUCGCUCAAGCGGGCCUCAACAUGACGCAAGUGCACCUGAUCGGGCACUCCCUGGGCGCGCAUAUCAUGGCUUUCGCAGGGAAAUGGGCACGGGAGAAGGGACACGUCGUGUCUCGAAUAACAGGAUUGGACCCAGCGCGAGCUUUGUUCGAGGGUUCCUUUACCGUCCAGCCAGGUCUGGACCGCAUCUGCGCCCGCUUCGUGGACAUCAUCCACAGUGACCCUGGAGGUUAUGGGACCAGUAAGCCCACUGGUACAGUGGACAUUUGGCCCAACUAUGCCGGCAACGGAGGCUCGCAACCGGGCUGCCCGAAUGGGGAUUUUGACAUGUUUUCUGCUGAAGACGAAUAUAUUGCCGAAGGUGACGACGUCGGACAUAUCCAAAACAUGACAAAAUUGCAAAAAAUCAUUCAGACAAUGAAGCCCAAUUUGUGCAACCACGAUCGUUCUUGGCAGUAUUUCGUAGAAGCCAUUGCAAACCCCACAGCCUUCCCUGCGGCGGCGGCUUCAGACUACGACACCUGGACCAGCUCGGGCGGGAAGUCCACGGAGACUAUAUUCAUGGGAGACUUGACCAAUCAACGAGCUCGAGGCAACUUCUACUUGGUCACAAACGCCAAGCCCCUAUUCGGUAGAGGUCCCGAAGGGCUGGUGCCGGAGAACAAUCAGGCUCGGCGGCGGCGGAACUCCACCCUGGCGCGAUUGCUGAAGUAUCUUAGGUGAUACUUGGCGCGAACAGUGCAAUUCACUGUGUUCUUACUAGGACUUUAGAUUUGUAAGUGACGUUCGUUUGAGGACUUGACAAUCAAAUAUAUUGUACAGGGUGUUAUAAAACACCUAUACAUACUAAGCUAUUAAAUACUACUAACUUAGAUCGAUACCUACGUGUAUUGUGAAUGAACAUACUAAGAACAAACAAUACAUAUUAUGAAAUCGUCUCUAUUAUCGCGGCAUAAAGAUCCAUGCACGCCAUGGGAUCGACUGUACUUAUUAAAAUCUGAUAUUUGAACACUUAAAUUUGGAUACCAAGAGAUGUAUACGGUGUUCAAAUAAAGGAUAUAAAAUAAAUGAAAUUAAGUAAUAACAAA